CUCCACAGGAAGGAACACAAGCAGUGUAGAAAUAGAAUGUUUAUACACAAGUAUUAUUUCAUUCCAGAUAAAAGAUCACAGCUAGUCAGGAAGGUUCUUACAUUUGAACUGCUAGUGAGGAAACUGGCUCCUUAAGAAGUUUUGUCACAGUGGGCAGGAGAGCAAGUGGAGAGGCUUGAAAAUAAUCUGGACUGGAAAAAGAAUGAGGGGGGGAAUUACUCCAUAGUCUAUCUACUCCAUGAUGGUUAUUACAAGGGGGUAGAUGAGUACCUUUUGUACAGUCAGGUUUCUUUUAUUCCUUGCAGUGCAUGUUUGGGGUCAUUCUGACUGUAUUAAAGGGGCCCAAUAAUAAUUUUUCUAAUAGUUCUUCAAGAGUAUUCCUUCAGAGAGGAGAAAUGUGACUCUGAAAGGAUUUGUGUCAGAUGCAGAAGAAAUUUGAGGUACUGGAGUAGUGCUUAGUGACUACACUUAAUUGUCUGAGUUAUUUAUUGCUUCUUAGUGCUUCUGCUCUGGUGAGGGUAUAUGGAAGGUGGACCUGCUGUCAAAUUUUCUCAUGCCCUGCAAGGUGCUCAGCAUAGAUGGGUUGGGUGUUGUCAGCUCUUAGUGACAGAGCUUCAGCUCCUGAUGAAGACAAUAGGCUUGGCCUAGUUUGGGCCAAAUACCUCACUGACCCAAAAUAUCCACACCAUGUAUUUCUGGGGAUACAAUCCACCAUCAGUCUUUUCUGAUCAGUGGAUCAUCAGAUUUUCAAGCAUGCCUAGUGUUUACCCGCACGACUGAGGUUCUCUCUGCCUUUGGGAUCUGCAGGUGGGUAACCAGCUAUCUCCUCCCAUUCUCUCCAUUUCCAGAUUGUUAUCAAAUCAAAUGUUAACUGGAAAGGGAAAAGAAGGGACUGGUGGAAAAACUUGAUUCUUUUCACUGAUCCCCUGGGCUUUCCAUCCCAUAAAAGAAUGUAACUCUUAAAACAAACCUGGCUAGCAGUGAAAGCAAAGAGAGAGACAUGAUGAAAAACUACCACCCAUGUGAGAGUUUGAUGACCAAGAGUUAUGAGGCAGAGUCUUUUUACCUUGGACAAGAAAUUAAUGGCAAAAUUUAUGAUGUUUGUUUCUACUUCUGUUGGAUAUUGGCUUACGUCAGAUGGGAUGUUUCUUUAUGUUCCUUACUUCUCCUUUGUAUUUCCAGUUUUUUAUUUUGGGAUUGAUGCUACCCAAAGAAAAUCUACCACAAGACAGUUGAUCAGAUUUGCUGCUCUGAUUAGAUGAUAACACUUCCAAAUGUGACUUUUUAUUUAAAAAAAAAAAAAAAAAUUCCCACACAGAUUAAUUCCACUUGAUCAUUUGGUUACCAUCCUCAAAUAUUUUUGGUGAAUAAUCUUCAGGCAAUGGGUUGUUCAUGAAGUGUCAUUUCAUCUCUUUGCUCUUGCUGUUUUUCUUGUGUGAUUGCCCAUUGUACAUUACAAAUAGUUGCCCGAAUAUUUGUUUGUACUCUGUCUUGUAUCUCCAUCCUGAGCUACUUCUGCAGCUGAAUGCUGUUCAGAAAUGGUGCUACUUAUCAUGCUUAAAUGCACAUAGUCCAUGAUGAAGAGUUUGUUCUUUGCACUGUGAUAGCUUCUGAUCAGGAUUUAAUUUCUGGUCUGUGAAGUCAAGCAAAAUAAAAUAAGAAUGAUGACAGAUGAGUAAAACAGUGAAACUGCUUACCCCGAAGCCUUUGCAAAGGCGAGUCUUUUUCAAUUAGUGCCAAAAUGUGGAGGCACAGCUCUAAUAUAAUUGAAUAGAAGCAGAGAAACGAAAGCCAACCCCCUCAGGGUCUCCCCUUUCUGUACCUAAGUAAAAUAAAGAAGCAUAACAAAAUCUUUCUUACUCUAGGUUUUUUUCUUGCCAAGCUGUAUUUCUUAAAAAUAAUAGUAAAUAAUAAAGGCAUUUGUUUUAGGAGACAAAAUCUGUACAUAAGACAGAUCCUGAAUUGCAGAGUAGCAUGUGGACUACACUCGUUACAGCCCAUACAUGAUGGGUUCUGAAAUCCUGUUUCAGCUGAAGGCAUCAUUGAAGCAUCUUUGGCUUUGUGCUUCCAGGUGAUAGAGUGUCUUUCCUGGAAUUUUGGUUUAUAUCAGUUUUAUUUUCUACCUAAAUUAGGACAAUAGUAUUUUACAUACCUCAAAAGAAGGGCAUAUGAAUAGAUGCAUUAGCAGGAUGGUUUUGAAUAUGAGGUCAUGGAAGUCAGAUAUGUCUUUGACAGAUCCUUAUCUAUAAAGCAGGUUUCUUGUGAGGAAAUAUAGUCCUGCUCUUUCUCUUCCUUGUAUAAAAAUCAAGCACUGGGAUGUGGCUUAGCCUGCAAAUGUGAUCUGUGUUCUGUUAUGCCCCUGAGUGACCACACUUUGGUUUGUCUCACAAAGUGGCCUCCUUCCCACAGAGUGCCAUCCUCCCCAGAGGAGCUGAGCCACUGCCCUGUGAAAACAGGCUCCCACAUCCACAGGGUUUUCUUUUUAGUGUGUUGGGCUUUGGUUUGGUUUGGUUUUUUUACAUAAUUAAGUGGCUGUUGGCCCUGGUGGUGAAAUGUUAUUUUUACCGAUUUUUAUAAGACUGUUGCAUAGUAAAAAGCCAUGAUCUCCUGGAAGAGCAGCAUUGUAACUUUCUCCAGUCACCAAGUGGAAAAUGAAUUAACAUCGGGACUUGCAUAAUCUGUGUGAAUUGCUGAGAACUUAGUCUUGUUUAAUUGAUAUUAAUUUAUUUAUAAAGUGAUAACAAGAUUCUUGUGGCUUCUGUUACAGCUGCUUUUAAUUCUAGAGCAUUUUAGUCAAUUUGCUGCGUGACAGUAUUUGUCAACACCAGGUAACUAUGACCUCUAACAUGCCUUACUCUGUUGAGACUGGUUAACAGGCUAGACUGAGAAAAAAUAUGCACACUCCUCUCUUAUCAGGGGAGAUCAGUUCCCAAAGUGACAUAGAUAUUGUUGGUGUAGGUGAUACCUUUAACCAUGACAUCACUUUAAACCCCUGGGCAACACUCACACCCUUGGGAGUGUAUUGCUGCUGAAGGGAACUGCUUGACCUGAAAGUCUGAGACUCUCUAUGUUGAAUUUCCUUCUGCUCAAGAGAGCAAAGCUGCUGGGUUCAAUCAAGAAUCCCUUAUUUUUACUGGCUUGCAGUCAGGAGCACUGAAGUGACUUUUUCUUUUUCCUCCCAGCCUUUUCAUUUUAUGUUUUUUCCCUAUGUUUUUCUGUUCCUUUUUCUUACAUUCACUUGACACUUGUCCCAACCUUCAGAGAAUGAGAUAAGCAAAGAGCUCUGUCCCUGUAACGACAAGGAGCAGAAUAUGCCUGCACAUAAAGGGCCAGAGCAAGAAUCAAACCUCUCCUGGGCAGGCAGGUGUGGGAGAGCUCCUUUGCUGCAGUUUGCUUUCUGGAGUGCCAUCAGUGGGGUUUUGUCACUGUAGUGAGCAUAACUGGAAGGAGGUUUCUCUCUCUCUCUUGUUUUGCUUGUCUUUUUACAAAUUCUUUUUUUUUUGGAGUCACCAUGCUGCAGCAAAUUUUGCGUGAUAUGUAUAUUGACCCUGAGCUCCUGGCAGAGCUGAACGAAGAGCAAAAGCAGAUCUUGUUCUACAAGAUGAGAGAAGAGCAGCUGAGGCGCUGGAGGGAAAGGGAAGAAAAAGCCCGAAUGGAGGAAGCGGUGCUGAGAAAGACAGCGAGGCGCAACCAAAGUAAUGGCAAACACGUGCAGUGGCUGCGGGGGAAGGACGGUGAGGUCUGGGUCUGGGUGAUGGGAGAAGCCCCAGGUGACAAACCCUACGAGCAGAUCUCAGAGGAGCUCAUAGCAGAGCGGGCCAGGCAGCAGGCACAGAAGGAGGCAGAAGAACUAUGGAGACAAAAGGAAGCUGAAAUAACAAAGAAAUUCCGUGAUGCUAUGGCUCAAGAAAAAGCCAGAAUAGUGGCAGAAAAAUGGAAAAUAGAAAUGGAGGAUCGGAAAGCAGCCAAACUGGAGGAAGAAAAAAUUCAGGAGGAACUGAAGAAAAGAGAAGAAGAGGAAAGACAGAAGGGUGAGGAGCUAAUCAGGCAGCAGGAAGAAAUCCGGGCAAAGGAGCUGUAUUUGAGCCUCAAGCAAGCUCAGCAGCACAGUCAGCACAGCGACGAUGACCAGGAGUGGGAAGAACAGUUGCGCCGCUCCAAGGCUGCCGACGAGGAGAGGAGCCACAAAGCGCGCAGGGCGCGGGACGAGUACCGGCGGCAAUCCCUGCGCGCCAUCCAGAAGGGAAGAGUGGCUGGCCUGAGUCAUUUGUUCCAGGGGACAAACCUGAACAGUGAGCAGGAGAUCAAACUGAACAACAACAGUGCGAGUCCUUUGCUGGCUCUGUCUGCAGCGUCCAGUAACAUCUGGGAGCGCCCAUCUCGGCCCUUCUCCCGAGACGUCAUCGUUCGCUGGUUCCGGGAGGAGCAGAUCCCUCGGCGGGCUGGCUUUGAGAGGAAUACCAACAGGAUUGCUCAGUGGUUCCAUGGGAUUAUCAGCCGUCAGGAAGCAGAGGAGUUGUUGAUGAAUAAAUCUGAAGGCGCAUUCCUGGUGCGAGUCAGUGAGAAAAUCUGGGGCUACGCAUUGUCCUACCGCCAGCAAAACGGGUUCAAGCACUUCCUGGUUGAUGCUUCGGGGGAUUUCUACAGCUUCCUGGGGGUCGAUCCAAACCGACACCCAACACUCACAGAUCUGAUUGAUUUUCACAAGGAAGAAAUCAUCACAUCCUCAGGUGGGGAGCUACUCCUGGAGCCAUGUGGACAGCAGAAAAAUCCACCAGACUACAGCCCUUUAUUUGAAUAACUGAUCCAGGACUAACAGGAAUGCAUUCUGGAUAGCUGUAGUAAUAGAUAGUUACAAAAGUAAACAAUGAAAGUAGUUAACCAACUUUCAAAGCCACUGGUCUUGUGGCCAAAAAGUAUCCUCAUUAGGAGGCCUAAAAUAUUUCUGGUUUGCAUCUGAAUUAUCAUCAUUAUUCAUAUUGCUAGCACUUGAAAGGUGAGAAAUUACCAGCAAAUUGCAAAAGAGGACUACUUCCAAAAAAUUUUCAAGGGGUUGUGGCCAAUUGCACUGAAUGUUAAGUUCCUGUCUUAAUUUUCUCAUGUUUUAUACAGCAAGAAGCAUGGGCAGGAACUAUUCAUAGAGUACUGUAUGAAGUAUCAGUGUUGAUGAACAGAUUCUGUGUUCCAAAGCAAGGUCUGACAGUUUCUGUUGACAAUUUCUUUACUCAGUGGUGCACUUUUAACAAGAGAAGCAGUCUUAAAACAUCCCUGUGAAGUUUCUGAUUGCUUACUUAAUUAGGUGUCGCUUGAAAUUUGCCAUUAUGCUUUUCAAUUCAGGCCUACAAAGUUCCCCACAGCAGAAACAGAAUAAGGUCAUACACAUAUUAUUUACAUUUUCAUGCAGCCCAACAGCCUUGGGAGGAACUUUACUCCUGUACAGUAAGUGGUCAGUUUAUUCUAAAGAAAAUAGUUUGUUUUGCUGCAAUUCUCUCACUGGCCUUGUCAUGUUUUCCACUUUUAGAUGUGCAAGAGACACAGUGGAUAUUGUUAGCUUCACUUUGCUGUAGGACUGGGUAUUUUCCUUAUCUGAGUUAUGAGAGAAGGUUGGGCUGGUAUAUUUAUACGUAGAAAAGGUACAACUAAUUACAUUAUCAUCAUGCUAUUUUAUGUCUAAAAACAAGAUGUUCACAAUGUGUUCCUAUCCAUUUGCUAUAAAUAUUAGCCCCAUGAAAGUAGACCAGAAGCCUAGAUCUGUGGAGCAGUUGCUUAGUGUUUGGACUAGAAAAAUAGUAAAAUCUCAUCACAGUACACAUAGGAAAGGCACACUGAGCAUAUUUCUGUAAGCUACUGCUUUGGGCAGUCUCUGAACCCUGUGGGGUUCUCUUCAAAAUCCUGUUGUAGACCCCUCCUGAAACCCUGUAAAUCCCUUUCUCCUCAAUCAUUUGACUCUUGAUUCACUGUUACCUUCUAUACUGUGACUGAUCUAGAUGGUAAAAUCACCCAGGAAAAGAAACUUGUCUUGUCCAAGCCAAUAAUGCACACUAAACAUUUAAGGUGCUACAACAAUAAAUACUUGUGGUAGUAAUAGCAAUAUUUGUUUUAUAAUUAAUUCUAUGUGUAGCUCAUAUUAAAUUACAGAUUUUUGCACACAAGCUUCAUUCUUGGUCAGGAACCUUUUCCUUUGUUAACAUUGGGUUUUGUGUGAUUUAAUCCAUCAGUGUUUCAUGAAAAGAAAAUUCUAUUGAACUUCUCACAGAGACAGCCAGGCAGUUUCUGUACUGAUCACUUGGCACACUGGCUCUGGAGGUUUUAAAUAGUUACUGUUAGCACCUCAGGACAAAGCAAGUCAGGAUACUGCAAAUAAUCAAAGAGCAAGAAAGAUCUGCUUUCUCUGAGAAGCCGGCUCUGUACUUGCUCCCUCUGUCAGAAGCAUCUCGAGAACCACCUCAGCCUCAAGAUAUUCACAGCUGCACAGUUUUGUCAUGGAACUACUGGACCUCUACUUAAAGGAGAAUGGAAAGGGACCUUUAAAAUUAAAAAAAAAUGUUAAGUAUCCAUAGGCUUAUCUCUGAGGUCAGAAAGCAGUAGCUAACUGGAUAGGAUUAGACACCUAGGCAUUUGACAGACCAGUCUUUUGUCUUUAUGCACUGAAAAAAACCCCCAAAUAAACCAAGAACAACAAAAAAAACCCAUGAAAUGCUACCUUUUCUGUGGAAAAGGUGCUAGGCAUGCUAGAAGACAUGCAAUCCAAAGUUUUUGGAAGAUUACUCAACUCAUGGCACACAAUUCUGUGAAUGUUUAUAGAAAGAAUAUUGAAGAACUUAUUCCACAUGGAAUUCACAUUCAGAAGCUGAUAAUAAUACAGCUAGUGACACAUUUCCCAGCAACUGCUUGUGUUUUGUUUAGCCAUUACGAAGGCUUGGAAAUAAUAGCUCUUUAGCUUAUGUGGCGUCUUGUGAUGUAAUUAACAUCAUUGUCAUUUCAGAGCACAUUUCCUAAUUCUAAUUUUCUAAAUUUUUUUGUCUGAAUUUCAUCCAUUUCUCACUCUAAGGUUUACCUAGCUUUCAAAUAAAGCCCUUGUAAGUUCCCCUGUAAAUUGUAUUACUUGGAAAACUGCAAUUUCUGCUGAGAGUUUUACUAUCCUAAUAAAUGGCAGAAUUCUAAAGCAAAGGAAUUGCUUUUUUUUUUCCCCCAUAGCCCCACAGAAAUAAUGAAAAAUAGCCAGCCAAUUCAUAGAGUUACAAAGAAAGAAAUUCAAACAAUAUGUAAACCAGAAGCAGCAGCAAUGAAAUAUGGUGCACUUAACUGAAGACAAGUUUUGAGGGAAACAAAAGGAGAUCAUAGCUAGCAGAAAGUAAGAGGAACAGAAGAUGUGCAGCUGUUGUCAAUACACUUGAGUGAAGUACAAGCAUGGAGAUGUCUUCUAAGUGAACAGGUGUUUCUUGUUGCCUAAGGGGACAACAAGACAAUAAAGGGACUAUGGAAAGGUAGCCCAGUUAGUAGGGAGAAUAGAAGGCAAAGCAGUGAAGGAGUAAGUUUGGAAAAUUAAGGAAAAAAGAAAGGGGAAAAUGUGCUUAUCCUGUUGUUUUGCAAGCAUUUUGGAUUUUUGCUGCUCUGGGAGGAAGACUGGGCACUGCUACCUCCUUUUCUCUCUGACAGUCUGCAAGAUUUCAGCUUUGAGCUAAAUCUACCUUGGAGAGAGAUUUGACACUCUUGAAUCUCUAAGAGCUGGGCUGGUCUGUGCUACAGCCUUGAAUGCUGCAUCUGCUUCCCUCUGUCUGCCUCUCCUCUUAGUGCUGGCUGCAGCUGUUCAUCACUGAGUGAAAAAUGGUCGUGGUGCUGCCAUUUCCUUGGCUGCCAGGGGUAGCUUUAGCUCAUCCCCCUGGGACCUUCCAGCCUUGCUUCCUAACCUGUAUUUCUAAUGGUAGGUAUUGGUGAGUUGUAAGGGGGGUAUGUUAUGAAGUUUCCUUGUAACAUUCCCUGUCAGUAUUUCUUGUUGAUGAGACCACCAGGAAUUCACUGAGACACCUACUAUGGUAAUUGUGUUUCAUAAGGAAAAAUGCUACAGCAGUUAGGUAAACUUUUAAACUUUAAAAUGAAUCAAACUUUUCUCCUAUUGGUUUCACAGCAAUAAAAUAUGGCACACAAGGUCCCAAGCUUGUUUGCAGGUAUCUUUGAAAAAAGCAUCUCUUGAGGAUUUAUUCUUGCUUCUUCCUGGAUCCACAGAUCCAUCUGUUCUUUUGAAUUUUGUUUUAAUCUGUUAUUGUACACAGGCAUCUCCGAUUUAGUACUGCCCUCUUCUCUUAAAAACCCAAAAACCAAGCCAAGAAAUUGACAGCAAUCAUGGAUGAGAUUUCCAAGGUACUCAAAGAACGUAGAUGCCAGUCUAUUAACUCUCAUAAUUAAUGGAAUAAUGAUGUGGUAUGAGUAUUUGCAUAUUAGUUUUAUAAUAGAUGUCCUGGAUUAUUUUUUAAGUACUAAAUCCCUAUUGUUCUGAAUGAAUGCUAAGCUAAACACCUGCCUCAAGAAAGAGAUACAUAAAAAUGGUUUUUAUAACAGAGAUUUAUUUUCAGGCUUACUGUGUAGAAACUCUUUCCAAAAACCAGAUUCAGAGUGGAAAUUUCCACUAGAUUUCAGUUACCUUGAAUCAAAUUAAACAAAUCUAUUUCUUGGUUGAUGCAAGGCAGUACUAAUACACUGGCUACAGUAAAAGACUUUAGUUUUGUAUGAACUAGGAAUCCACUUCUGCUCGGUCUUCCCUCGAGUCACCACAAACCUGAAUAUAAAGCAUUAAUGGAGUUCCACCACAUUUCACUACAGUCUAAAUUCUUCCAUUUACAUAAAGCCACAACACAGGCGUGGUCUUAGGUAGACUCUGGUAGUUCACAGUGGGAGCUCUUUCUAUGAAUAAAUUUGUUUUCAUAAUUUACAGGUCACAGCUUAUUUUUCAAUGAUUUCCAAGGACUGGCUUUCUUUUCUGUCUUAUUAUGGCUUUGCUUUAAGAUUCCUUUUUCCCUUCCCAAGAGGAUGGGGUAAGUGACCUCUGUGAAGUGUGUCCCUGGCCAAGCUAUCAGUUGCAGAAUGAGGUGUUUGCACUUGACCAGAUGCUUGGUUGGUGUUUCCUGAGAUGAAUCUCCUGGUUACAUACUGUCAGAUGAUAAUGAUGCAUAAUUGAUUUUUAUAGCUAAUUUCUUGCCAUGCAAGUGCUGUGUGAAAGCUUGUCUUCAAAUAUUUGUUUACUGCUAGUGAUUAAUCCUGUAGCUUGUAUAGUUACAUGAUGGCCCAUAGCUAAUGCAAAUUUUCUACCAGGCUGGAGCCUUCAAUGGGCUUGGUUUCUUCUCUCUUGGAAUUUCUUCCAGUAGUUUUAAAUGAAGGUAACAUUUUGUGGUAUCUUUAUUAUACAUCAAUGAGUGACUUUUCUUAUGGAAGAGGAAUAACUUCGAAAGAGACUGGACACUUAGUUUGGUCCUAUUUGUGUCCUCCUGAUGUAUGUACAAAGAAAACACUUCGCAUGUUAAUGUCUCCUUUAACGUUUAGCUGCCUUUUCUCCCCUGUUCUCAGGUUUAAUGAGAACUGUGGGUGGGAGAAGGUCAUAAGCUCUUGAGCCAUGGAGAGAAAAGAGAGGAGGCAGAGCUGGUUUAUUCCGUAUAAAUUUCCAUAUAACAUCAGGAAAAGCUUGGAUUAAGUACUUCCUGAGAUGCACUGGUUUUCCUGCCUAGCAUUCAGAGGAUGUAGACUGAGACCUGUGGUCAUUAAUUUUCCCUCACACAAAAGCAACAGGAAGGAAUUCCUACUGGGUGAGAAAAAGGCCCAAAAGUUUUUCAGUAAGUAACAUCACAGCGCCACAGGAAUGAUACAGAAGUAGUGUGGAUCAAGAACACAGUAAAGACCUAUUUUUUGUAUGGGUGUGUAGACUGGGAGUGAUUGCAAAUUCUUGUUUGGUGGGAGUUAAUUCUUUUAAUUGAACAAUUGUUGUCAUUAAUGGUCAAUGCAUGUGAAGACGUGGCCAAUCGUAAUGCACCUUCUAUUCCACAAACUGGUAGAGCAUAGAUGGCCUGAAAGGAAAAUCAGACAUAGUUGUCUUAGACAAAAGUUACUAAGUAUUCUUGUAGGUUAUUUGGGGCAGAAAAUUUUAAAAUGUAUAAUGCAUAUCAGGAUAUGCAAAUGUGGAAACUAAGCACUGUAUGCCACAUAAGGCAUGAUGAAUUUGUCGGUGUAAUUUUUACAGCACUUAAAAACUUGGUGAAGAAUAGAGGUUAUUCUGCUCUCCUGUAGGAAAUGUCAGUAUUGUGAACAUGAAAAUAUCUUCUCAUCCAGGAAUUUAAUCUUAGUAAUGGACUACAGCAAGUCAUUUCUGAGAGCUGUAGGGUGAACAAUUAGUAAGAUUGCCGGCCUGUUGCACUUAUGUCUGUUCUUGAUUUUCAAAGUCUUUUUGCUUGUGAUAGCCUGAUGCUAAUGUGAGAUAUGUUUUUAGGAAGUCAUUCAAAUCCAAUGUAAUGAAAAAGUGUUAAGGUAUAUGUUUUGUUAUCAUUUUUACUGUUGACAUUUUCUCUCAAGGAAUCCCAGAAAAAAAUA